GGUGAAUAUCCUGUUAUGUGGAAGCAACCAGGGAAUAAGUCUCCAGAGGGUGCUGAAGGCAAGGAUGCCGCGAAACUAACAAAACAAGAGCCAACAAGACGAUCUGCAAGAUUGUCAGCUAAACCAGCUCCACCAAAAUCUGAGCCUAAGCCAAGAAAAACCACUAAGAAGGAACCCGGAGCAAAGGCCAACAAAGGUGCUAAGGGGAAGAAGGAUGAAAAGCAGGAAGCGGCAAAGGAAGGUACUGCACCGUCUGAAAAUGGUGAAAGUAACACUGAAGAGAUCCGCAUCUCUCGCUCCACUGUUAGUGUUUCAGCAUCCAGAGGUGCCCCACCCAGCACACUGUCAGUAAAAGGGCAGAUUGAAACAGUGAAAGUUCAGGGUACAGAGGACUGAAUCAGUAGAUGACAAGUGCGUGUGAACUGACAUGAACAUUUGAGGAUGAUUUUAUGUACCUCUAGACAACUUUUAAAAGAUAUUUUUAUCAAGUAUUUUGUAAAUGCUAAUUUUUUAGGACUUAAAAUAAGUUGACAAACUGUAUAUGAACAUUUUCCUCCUUCCAUACCCACGCUUCUAGAAAUCCCCAAUGUUGCCAAGUUUUUAAAAAAGUAUCAGCUUAACAUUGGGGGAGGGGAAAAGGUGUUUGUAAGGUUGGACCAGCAUUCCAUAUUCUCGCUUUUCAGAAAUGUACGUCUUGUGCAUAUGGUGAUGUUUUUACUGUGGGUGUUUGGGUUUUUUCUUGCGGUUUUUUCUAGAGCAAUAAUCUGUGGUGUUUUUGUACUUAAGGUUUAUGCGAUUUUAAUGAAACAUGUACAGAUAAUGGCCACCUGCUGACUCUUUUGGGUUCUUUUCAUUUGUUGACAAUAACUACAUCUCCUUGCCAGCAAAUACAACUCCCCAAUAUUUUCACUAAAUCUGAGAUAUGCUGCCUUAUAGAUAACUUCGCUCUGGCUGGGAGGAUACUAAGCACACUUAUUUAGAAGAUAUGUCCCAUUGAUUUCACAA